AUGAACACAAACACAUCCUAUGGAGGCCUUUUGUUAGACACAACAGACCUGUCCAAAGACGAAUCCGUCCCAAUGGUAACAAGCGACUACAUCCAAGUAUCUGCUGCCAUGAAACAUCUGACGACCACUAUCAUGUCGGCAGUAUCUAACGCCACCAACAUCAGCAACAUCGUCCACAACAUCACGGUGGUGGAGGAAAACAAAGUUAUCUGCACCCCGCCAGCGUACCACGAGUUUCCUCCAGAUGCCUUUAAUAACUUCCAAAGAUCUCAUGGCGCCAUCUUCCUCCAUCUCAUACUCGUCAUCUACAUGUUCAUCGCUCUCGCCAUCGUGUGUGACGAGUACUUCGUCACGUCCCUUGACAAGAUUUGUCAGAAACUGGGUAUGAGUGAAGAUGUGGCUGGGGCAACUUUCAUGGCGGCGGGAAGUUCAGCACCAGAGCUCUUUACCGCCAUUAUUGGUGUAUUCAUCACCAAAGGAGACGUUGGGAUUGGCACUAUAGUCGGCUCGGCGGUCUUCAAUAUUCUCUUUGUCAUCGGCGUGUGUGGUGUGCUUGUAGGCGAGGUGAUCACGCUGUCUUGGUGGUCCCUGUGUCGAGAUUCCGUCUACUACUCGUUCGCCGUCGUCGUCCUAAUCAUGGUAGUGUGUGAUGGAGUGGUCACGUGGUAUGAAUCACUCAUUAUGCUGGUGCUUUACGUAUUGUACAUCGUGAUAAUGCGUUUUAACAUCCACAUUCAGGCCUGGGUCACAAAGAAGCUGGAUCGAAUUGUACAAUCCAACAUUCUUCCAAUGAACGGCACUGCCAAGACCUUUCAGGGGGAUUAUGAGGUCUUCACAGACGACGAUGAUGAUGUGUUCAUGAAAACCUCAGUAGAAAAUCAGGUGUCACGAAGAGAAACGGAGAUGCCACCCGAUGAAUACGCGAAAAGUACGCAAAUCAAGCCAGGAUUCAUUGAUUUUAUUUGGCGUUUGAUGAUGAUGAAGAGAUUUAAACCCAAGACGAGGUUCAUGGCUGCGGCAUACUUAAUUCUAUCUUAUAGACGGCGGAUGCUGCAAGAUGAGGCGUAUAUAAGGAGACAACAGUUUCGUAAAAUGGCUCAUAAAUCCAGUGUGAUCUCCUAUACUCGCACGAUAAGGGGUUGGUUUAACGUGACACUGGAGGGAGACGACUAUGAUUGGUGGAGGAAAGUACCUAAUAUAGAGGAAGGUGUUUGGACAUACGCAAAGUGGGCCAUGCAGUACCCACUUCGUUGUCUGUUGUAUUAUACUGUACCGGACUGUCGUAAAGACAGAUGGGACCGCUGGUUUAUGGCUACAUUUGUCUUAUCUAUAGUAUGGAUCGCCCUCUUCUCCUACAUAAUGGUGUGGAUGGUAACUAUUAUUGGGUAUACCUUGAGUAUCCCCGACAGUGUAAUGGGAAUCACAUUCUUGGCGGCUGGUACAAGUAUCCCUGAUGCCAUGGCUAGCGUAUUCGUCGCCAAACAAGGCCUUGGAGAUAUGGCAGUCUCUAACCUGCUAGGGAGUAAUGUAUUCGAUAUCCUGCUUGGUCUUUCCUUGCCAUGGUUUCUAAAGACGGGAGUAGCGUAUGCUGGAUCUACGGUUCAUAUAAAUAGUAAUGGGAUGCUUUACUCCAUAUUACUUUUAUUUCUUACGGUUAUAGCAACAAUUGGAGUGCUCAAGUACACAGGCUGGAGGUUGAACCGCUUCGUAGGAAUGAUAUGCCUUUUCGUAUAUGCUAUAUAUUUAUUAUUCUCUGUUAUGAUAGAGUGUAAUGUGUUCGGGUUCGUCAAUCCUCCAAUGUGCGUAUGA